GGACGUGGAAGUGUAGCUGCUACUUAGCUCAUCUCAACUCAAAUUCUAUCAGUUAAACUUUUACUGCAGUAGGCUACUACUCACGUGUUUUGUAUUUUACGCAUGCAGAAUAUGUAAUUUUCAUGAGUUCUAAGAAGUUUAUAUAACGAAGCUAAACUAAGGGGAACGAGUUGUUUGAAGUAAAGUGUUGUGAAAUAAUACUGUCAGGAUGCCCCGACCAGGGAGGAACACGUACAGCGACCAGAAACCUCCCUAUUCCUACAUCUCCCUCACCGCCAUGGCCAUCCAGUCCUGCCCGGAGAAGAUGCUCCCUCUCAGCGAGAUCUACAAGUUCAUCAUGGACAGGUUCCCUUACUACAGAGAGAACACCCAGCGGUGGCAGAACUCCUUACGACACAACCUGUCCUUCAACGACUGUUUCAUCAAGAUCCCGCGGCGUCCGGACCAGCCCGGGAAGGGUAGCUUCUGGGCUCUGCACCCCAGCUGCGGGGACAUGUUCGAGAACGGGAGCUUCUUGCGGCGCCGUAAACGGUUCAAGGUGAUGAUGAUGAUGGCGCAGGAGCACCUGGCUCAGUCCAAGCAGUCUGACGCAGCCCAUUAUCUCAGGCUUAGCGCCCUGGCUGCCACCGGCACACACCUCCCUCAGAUGUCCAGCUAUAACUUGGGAGUGUCACAGCCAUCAACUUUUAAACACCCAUUUGCUAUAGAGAACAUCAUCGCCAGAGAGUACAAGGUUCCCGGGAGUCUGGCGUUCUCCACCAUGCAGUCGAUGUCUGCAGGCUACCCGCUGCACAACCAGUUGACUACGGCCUGGCCUCACUUGUACAACACUAUGGUGGACCCUGUUUCUCCUAUCUCUAUGAGCGGUGACUACGUGGCCUACCGCAUGCCUCUUAAAUCUCUGUGUCACGGAGGACAGACCCUACCCGCCAUUCCGGUGCCCAUCAAGCCCAACCCGACCACGGUAGGUCUCUCGGCGGGGCUGACGCGACACACAUCCGCCUUCCUUUCGAACUCUCCCCAAUCUCUGAGCCCCACCUCCCCGCAGACAGACACCAGCCAAAGCAGCCCCCCUACUCCCAGGGAGACUCACACCAACCCGACACUGCAGUCCGUGGCAGUGCACUAACAUUAAGAACUAUACAGAACUCUUUAUAAACUAGACCAGCAGGCUCAAACCAAAUCCAACGUUCAUUUAGACUUUUACCGCUGACAUCUUGGGCUGAGAAUAACUACAAUUAAUUAAGGCAAUAGACUUCCGUGCUGCAGUGUAUUUUGAUGUCGGUGUUUUGCUUUGAAUGCUAAUUGUCUUCUAACAUAGUUCCAGCAGAGAGAUAGUGAAAUAUUGCUGUUCAACUUAAAAGGUAUUCGUUGUGUCAGUUUUAUCAGUGUGUUUUGUAAAUUAGUGAGGCAAUGCAAACAGCGGCUGUCAGGCGCAUGAAAUAUAUUUACUUUGAUUUAAUUCUGCUAUCUAUGUAAAAAUAACUGAGUGAAUUGUGAUGUUUUUUUCUAUCUUAAAAAUAGUAAGGGGAACUAUAGGGUCUUUACUAAAUGCAAAAUAAAUAUGUGAAUAAAUGUGAAUAAUUGCAAAUAAGUUGAUAUGAAAAUGUUGUAAAAUACACUUUUUAGUUAAACGUUUUAGAUAUCUAUUUUGCAGUAGCUUUUCUGUGAAGCUGUAGUGUAAAGCCAUUUAAAACCAUGGUGAUAUACAUGUGAUUAAAAUCUGUAACUGUUGACUUUUCUAUGUUAAUGAAAAAGCAUGACUGCUUUUGAAAAGUGUUCAUAUAGUCUGCAAUGAAUUAGAAACUUGGUCAUCGAAAUA